AUGGCUUGUGUGCUUGCAGUCAUUUUGACCUCAGUAGCGCGCAUGGUUAUCAUAAGCCCUCAUUACUCGCCGCAUCAUUACGGAGUAUACACAACUCCCAAGGCCAAUGAGUUUCCAGUGCCCUCGAAUUACCAUCAAAUACACAUGUCCGCCAGCAAAAUAGCUGGUCCCGGUACUUACGUUGUGGCAUACUGUUCCAUACAAAUUUCCCAGCGUAAAAUCGUGGAAAUCAUUACAGGAGGACUCCCCGGAAUAACACAGAAUCCCGGAAAACCUUCUUUCUCCAAUCUUGAAGCAGAAAGUGCGUGCUUUACAUCUAUCAGAAGAGAAAAUGCCCUUGAAUCGGUCGCUGUUCCUUUGUCGAAGCUCGAUAAUGGCGAAUGUACGCAUAACAUCAUAGCAAUUUUAGCCUUCAAAGGCGUCAUUAGUAUAGAGGGAGAGUUUUCCUGUUUUGCUCCGCCGCAGGAGGAACAACGUAUAAAAGUAAACGCCGACAUUCCAUUUGACAUGCAACAGUUUCUUGCAGGUAGUCUGCUACUAAGAGGAGAGGAUGAUGUAUCGGAUGAACGAGUAUUAGUUUGGUUUCAAGAGAGCCUACAUGUAUUCAAACAAACUAAGCCUGGCGUCAACAGCUAUAGCUUAUGGAGUCCAAUCAUCUCAAUAGGACGCGAGGUUAACAAUGGAAAAGUAAUAACAAACUUUAUCUAUGAUAAUCUGCCUAGUAUUCAAGAGUUUACAAAAAUUAUGGGUGAUUUUCAUAAUCUCCUGAAAUAUAUGAAAUUGUUUUAUAGGCCCGAGCAUUGGGAACUUUCUGAAUCAAACUAUAAAAAAUUUUAUCGUCGACCGAAUUAUGAUUACCUUGAUGAUAUAUGUAUGCUAAACCUCGGAUUCGAACACACACGAUGUGGGUGGAUCAAUAAUCUACCUGGCUAUCUUAAGAAACCCCAUGAUCUAGGUCUACUUUGUCGAACUAGGCGCUUGGAUCGGACUGGAUUCGUUAGGAAGAGAGAGUGCAUAUUUAGACCGGCCUUUAUCCGAUACAGUAAAUUUCUAUCAAAUCAAUGGAAAGACUCUGGAAGUAAAAAUAAAAUGCUACAAAUCCCUCCCCAGUCUCUCAAAUUAGAGAAAGCUGCGCGGCUGAAAGAAGUCAAUGGAGAUAAUUUGUGUAGGACAUGA